AUGACUAUCUUUGUUGCUACCCUCUUUCUGCCCUACACCAUCAACUUUGAUAUUCCGGCGUCUGCUGCUCGGUCCGAGUCCCCAGAAUUCCCGAGACCGCAGUUGACACUUGCUCAGAACUCUCCGGGCGAGACUGCGACCGUGAGCCUCUUCACACCCGGUGCAGGCAGCAGCUCCCAUCUCUCCCAGCUCUCCCAGAGCCCUGGUCCCAUCCCUCCGACUCCAGGCGCAACCACCGACCAUGAAAAGAUCUUCCGACCUCACACUGAACGGAAAAUAAGCCUGACUCUUCCCAGCCUCAAGAAAGAAGUCUCAGUGCCUGUGCGCGCCAUCUCUCGACAUGAUCUUCACUCCCCAGGUUGGGGCAAGACCUUCACCUGGAACCAACCUCCUUCACGCGCCAAGUCCCCUCCGCCAAGUUCAAUUCUGAAGCACACCGUGGUCAGCGUUAAGGAUGUCAAGGAGGCCAAAGAGAAGGCAACUGCGAUCGCCCUCACCACCUCUCGCAAGUCUUCUCGUCGCCAGAGAACGAGGACUGUUAGUCACGAAAGGCACUUUUCACACGACAGUUACACGGUGGAAAAGGCCAUCAUCGGUAACGGAGGGCUCUACAAUGCCAUUGACGCUGCUGUAGACGCGGGCAUCUGCGAGGAAAAGACUUGGGUUGGAACCCUUGGCUGCCCAGUUGACGCUUUGGACGAGCACUUAAAGGAGAAUAUUGCAGAGAAACUGGAAAACGACUAUGAUUGUUUGACGGUCUAUGCCAGUGACAGCGAUCUCAAUGGUCAUUACGAGCACUACUGCAAGACCAUUCUUUGGCCGGUGGUUCACUAUCAGAUUCCCGACCAUCCAAAGAGCAAGGCGUAUGAGGAUCACUCUUGGGUUUUCUAUGUUAAGGUCAACGAAGCCUUUGCUGAUCGCAUCGCCAAGAACUGGAAGAAGGGAGAUGUCAUCUGGAUCCAUGAUUACCACCUAUUGCUCCUGCCAGGCCUCCUACGUCAGAAGCUUCCCGAGGCUCAGAUCGGCUUCUUCCUGCAUACGGCCUUCCCUUCGUCAGAAAUCUUCCGGUGCCUCGCUGUGCGUACGGACCUCCUGCAAGGCAUGCUGGGCGCCAACAUGAUUGGGUUUCAGAACGAAGAAUAUGGCCACCAUUUCCUACAGACCUGCAGUCGGCUCCUCAACGUCGAAGCCACCAAGCACGGCGUCAUCCUUGAAGACGGCCGAUUUGUCCAUGUCAAUACAUGCCCGAUUGGUAUUGAUCCCAAAGCCAUCGACCAGCAGCGACAGGUCAAAGAAGUUCAAGAAUGGGUGCACACCAUCACCGACAAAUACCGAGGCAAGCGGAUCAUCGUGGCUAGGGACAAGCUAGACAGCAUUCGCGGGGUCCGUCAAAAAAUUCUGGCCUACGAACUGUUCCUGAACAAAUAUCCCGAAUAUCGAGAAAAAGUCGUGCUCAUCCAAAUCGCAACCUCUUCUGCAGAGGAUCCCGAGUUGAGUGCUACCGUGGCCGACAUAGUGACUCGGGUCAAUUCCACCCAUUCGACCUUGGCUCACCAACCGCUGGUAUUCUUGAAGCAAGACAUUGACUUUUCUCAAUACAUGGCUUUGCUCACAGUCGCCGAGUGCUUGAUGAUUACCAGCUUGCGAGAAGGCAUGAACUUGACGAGUCAUGAGUGGAUCCUCUGCCAGGACGGCAAAAUCUCCGAGAACAAGUACGGCCCUCUGAUUCUUAGUGAGUUCACGGGGUCCGCUACGGUGUUUGGGCACGAUGCUCUUUUGGUCAAUCCCUGGCAUUACAGCCAUUGUGCCGAGGCCAUCAAGAAAGCUCUGGACAUGUCCCUCGAAGAGCGUGAGACUCGCUGGAAGGCUCUGUACGAUAUUGUCGUGCAUCAGAACGCUGUCGGCUGGUUCGAGCGCUAUAUCAAGGGUCUAGAGCACGCCUGGAAAGAACAUACGGUUCGUGACUCUACCGCCGUUCCGCGGCUGUCCUCGUCCGCGGUCAAGACCAAGUAUCAGAGAGCUCAAAAGCGGUUGAUUAUCCUCGACUACGAGGGAACUUUGGCUUCAUGGGGUUCGCCCACCGACAUCAUCUUGACCACCCCCAAGAGGUCGGUCGACGUGCUGAAUGAUCUGAUCGAGGACAAGAAGAACAUUGUGUACGUCAUGAGCUCGAGAAUGCCGGAGGAGAUGGAGCGGCUGUUCAGUCCGGUCAGUGGCGUUGGGAUGAUUGCCGAAAACGGCGCCUUCGUUAUGGAACCGGGCACCGAUGAGUGGCAGGAGUUGACCAACCUCGAGCACGUCCACAACUGGAAGACGGGGGUGAAGAGUAUUCUUCAAUACUAUGUCGAGAGAAUUGAAGGCAGCCGGAUCGAAGAGCGCCAUGCCUCAUUGAUCUUCGACUACUCGGAUGCCGAGGACAGGCAAGGGGCUUUCAAACAAGCGGGCGAGUGCGCUAAUCACAUCAACGACGCCUGCCGUGGACAGAAUGUCAAUGCGAUCCCCAUUGAGAACGGACUGAACAUUUCGGAAAUCGAUGUCAACAAAGGAACCGCCGCUCAAAUGAUUGGCGAGAAUCUGGAGAAGUUGGCGCAGGAGAAGGGUGUGCCGUUCCCCGACUUCCUUCUGGUCAUUGGCGACUCGCGGGAGGAUGAGUACGUCUUCAACUGGGCUCAUCGGUUGGAGAGGGCCGAGAAGAUUCGAGAUGUUGUCACAGUGACGUUGGGCGCCAGAAGCACUGAAGCAUCGGCCACGUUGACUCAAGGCGUCACCGGUGUCUUAUCGAUUCUGGAGAAACUCGCACGGAGUCUGGAGAAAGUGUGA